UUGAAACACAGACAGAAAAUGGGGGAGCAAGUGGAAGAGCUGAACCAGCACAGACAGCUUUCCACAGGAAAGAAAGGUGGUUUAGUCACCAUGCCCUUCAUCAUAGCAAAUGAGGCAUUUGAGAAGGUGGCUAGCUAUGGUUUGGUGCCCAAUAUGAUUCUUUAUCUGAUUAGUGAUUACAAGAUUGGUGUGGCUAAAGGCACCAACAUCCUCUUUCUCUGGACUGCAGCUUCCAAUUUUGCUCCUGUUUUGGGUGCAUUUCUUUCAGAUUCAUACUUGGGUCGAUUUCUCACCAUUGGUUUGGGUUCCUUAUUCUCCCUUUUGGGUAUGUUUCUGCUAUGGUUAACAACAAUGGUUCCAAAUCUAAAGCCACCUGCUUGCAAUCAAUUAACUGAAACCUGCAAACAAGCCACACAUUCUCAAUAUGCUUUCUUGAUCUUUGCCUUCAUAUUCAUUUCAAUGGGAUCAGGGGGUGUAAGACCAUGUUCUUUAGCAUUUGGUGCUGAACAAAUAGACAAUAAAAACAAUCCCAAUAAUGAGAGGGCAUUAGAGAGCUUUUUUGGAUGGUAUUAUGCUGCUGCUGCGACUGCGGUUUUGAUUGCGUUUACGGGUAUCGUUUAUAUUCAAGAUCAUGCCGGUUGGAAGGUGGGUUUUGGGGUUCCUGCGAUUCUUAUGUUGUUAUCUGCACUUUUGUUCUUUGCUGCUUCCACUCUGUAUGUGAAGAUGAAAGUUAAAAAGAGCUUGUUCACUAGCUUCAUACAAGUGAUUGUGGUUGCUUAUAAGAACCGAAAACUCCCAUCUCAGCCUCCGAAUGCUGAUGCGUGGAAUCAUCAUAAAGAUUCACCCGAUGCCGUGCCCACCAAAAAAUUAAGGUUCUUGAACAAAGCUUGCAUCAUUCAGAACCCGAAAGACUUGACCGCGGAUGGAGUUGCUUCCGAUCCGUGGAGUCUAUGCACGGUUGAGCAAAUCGAAGAACUGAAAUCACUGAUCCGGGUUCUGCCAUUAUGGUCUUCGGGAAUCAUGAUGUCGAUAAACGUGAGCCAAUCUUCUUUUCCUGUAAUCCAAGCUUCCACCAUGGAUAGACACCUUGGAUCGAGCUUCCAGAUUCCGGCAGGCUCCUUCGCUUUCUUCACGAUCGCGGUAUUAGCACUUUGGGUCGUGCUUUAUGAUCGUGUUAUCCUCCCAUUCGCAUCAAAACUCCGAGGAAAACCAGUCCAUCUUGGCGUCAAAUUAAGAAUGGGUAUCGGUCUAGUUUUCUCCUCCAUGGCCAUGGUGGUUUCCGCCAUUGUUGAACAUGCUCGAAGAAAGAAAGCAAUCGAACAAGGGCUGUUCAACAGCCCUCAAACCGUUGUCGCCAUGUCAGCAAUGUGGUUGGUCCCACAAUACUGCCUCCAUGGAUUAGCAGAAGCUUUUAGUGCAAUCGGGCAGAACGAAUUCUACUAUUCGGAGUUCCCGAAAAGCAUGUCGAGCAUUGCUGCUUCUCUUUUCUUGUUAGGAAUGGCUGUGGCUAACUUGUUGGCUAGCCUGAUCCUUAGCACGAUCGAAAAGCUCACGAAAGAUGGUCGUAAAGAAGGGUGGAUCGCCACCAAUAUCAACCAAGGCCGCUACGAUAGUUACUAUUGGGUUCUAGCCAUAAUGAGCUUCGCGAACCUUUUGUACUUCGUGGCUUGCAGUUGGGCUUACGGCCCUUGUGCUGACGAAUUGGUGAAACAGGAGACGAAAAGUAGUAAAGACUCGACCGAGGAGUUGCAACGAGCGAGAUCCGUAGCAGACGAAAGGCAAAGCCUGUUUUCUAGCUUGCCAUCGUGAUCGGUUUUCAAGAAAAUCUUGGAAAUAUAAGGUGUUUUUCAAGAACCCUAAUGAAAGAUUGAAGGGGAAAAAAAAAAGGGGGUGUCGGUGAAUCACGAAAGCGAUCCCAAUGGAUCGAUUUCGGAAUGGGGAAUGUUGUUUAGGUUGUGUUUGGUUUGAUGUUUGAUGAUGAUAGAAAGGUGGGAAGACAAGUUGUUUGUGGUGUCCAUAGAACGGGUUUCGUCGGGUAGUUUUUGUAUUACGGAUGUCGUAAUCGGUCGGAUCGAUCGAACUCGGAAAUAUACUUGUAAACAUAAAUAUUAAGUGUGUUUUUAAGGUUUUUGUUUGAAGUUGCAAAUAGGGUUGUGUUGGAAUUGUAUGAAUUAAUUAAUUGUGUUGUAAAUGAAAAAGUAAUGGAUUCAGAAACCAUUUGAAUUGUGUCGUACUGA